AAAUGUGCAGCCAUACAUGGAGAGCAUUUCAUUAGCAUCACUCGAGUGUCACCAUCAGCAUGAAGCUCUUCUUCGUUGUCCUCCUCUGCGCCAACUUCAACGUAGUUACGGCCGUGGGUGGUUGCCAUUCCGACCGGGAUACGAACAAACGUGUGCUGCUCAACUGCACAGCGGCCGGUCUCAACGGCCUUCCUACGGAUCUCGAACGCACCACUGAGGUUCUCUUGUUCCCCAGGAACCAGUUUUCCAGGCUACCCUGGGAAUCCUACCAGAUCUUCAGCAAGCUCUACGAACUGGACCUGACAGGCAACAUGCUGAAUCAGGUGAUGGUGAGCACCACGCCGCUUCUGCCUGGGCUCAGUGUCCUCAGACUGGGCCGCAACCGCCUCACAUCUCUGGCCGGCGGGGCCUUCUCGGCUUGCCUCGGCCUGACACAUCUCUACCUGGAAGACAACGCCAUAGAAUCUCUGAGCGACGACACAUUUGCCGGACUCAGCAAGUUGAAGGUCCUCGACCUGACGUCCAAUCGCAUCCGGGUUCUCCCGCCGCUCUUGCUCCGCCCCCUGGUUGCCAUAGAAACACUCUACCUAGAAAGCAAUCAGAUCAGCGAGGUACCGGACGAUUGGUUCAACCCGAGAGAAGACGUGCCCUACCUGUACCUCUCCGACAACCCGUGGGCGUGUUCCUGCAGCCUGAUGUAUCUACACACGUACUUGCAAGACUUCUCCUUCAACUUCUACGUGCGCGAUGGGAAGAGCAUCGAGAGAGAGCCAAAGAGUUUGGUGUGCCAGUCGCCGGAGCGAUCUAAAGGUCGAGCGAUCUUCCAACUGAAGCAGGAUGACUUCUGUCCUCCUACGACGCCCCAGACCGCCGCCACCACCACCACCCUAGCGCCCAGCCCCACCUUCAGGGUCACCGAGGGUCCAAAUGAGGAGAGUGAGAACAGCAGAGGCAAUGGGGCCAUUUUUGGGCGGCUUGCAAUGACUACUUCCAGCACUUCACUUCCUGACCACCCUAGCCCCACAACCGCCCUGUCCAGCUUUACGACUUCGACCGCAUCACUUCCUACGACCGAGUCACUUCCGACAACUCAAAUGGCGUCGCUUCCUGCUACUACAGAGUCACUUCCGAUCACUCCGACGGCAUAUCUUCUUUCUGCUCCCACAGCUGUAACUGCCACCAACUCUGAGGUUCCACGGACAUGGGGAUGGGACGAAGGUGGCGCCACUCCCCUCCGCCACGAGCCAGGGACCGGUGUGUUUUGUGUGUGGUUGUUCGCCGGUAUCGCAUGUCUGUGUGCAAUGGGGGCGGUGAGUUCCCUCAUGACUGUCAUUCGACUGGUGGUCUUGUACAGGGCAGCGUACAAGCCACUGAGCGCCACCGCGCUGGUGAGAGGGGGCGGAUCCCGUCAGGUGAGGCUCUACGGCGGCACUACAGCGGUUUAUCGUUCAGUUCUCUUUGUGAGCCGCGAAGAGGAGGGUGAUGGUCCAAGGCAGGUGUACAGGACAUCCCUGCACCGUACGCCCGGGACACAGGUGGCCCUGCAGCAAUGGAGUGAUGUGUUGGGAGAACGUCAGAACGGCGAGGGGGGUGCGGGGUGGAGGCAGCGCUUUAGCGUGCUUCUGCGGCAGGAGAGGGAGGGGCCAGACGGCAGGAGAGAGGAGCGAGAUUGGGUGGUGGGUGCUUGGCUAGCGCAAAACCUACCCAGCGUGACCGCUGACUGUCAGCCCUCCCACUGAGGUCGUCACUUUGAUUCCUGUUUGCAAAGUAACGCUAACAAGGUUUUCUUUCAAAGUUUUAAUUUUUAGAACCCAGAGCCCAAUGCGUUUGCGCACGCAUGCUCACAAGGCCAAUGAUUUCUGGGAAUUGUGUAACUUUUAAUCAAUAUUCAUACGUUUAGAUUCAUUUAUAUUCACUGUCAAAUCAGCCUCCGGUACGAAGUUUCGUACGGGUAGGACAUUUUGGCAAAACAUCCGAGUGACUCCUGAUGUUCCUCGUAUUAACCUUUGUCCUUUCCCUCGGUUUUAAGAUCAUGACAAUAAAUGUGUUGAAGAAAUGUACAAUUUUAA